AUUUAAAUGAUACGGGAAAUAAAUAUUAAACAUGGCGGAGAUAGUAGCGCAGUCGUCAGGAGAUCCACAAAAGACAAUCGAUGAUGUUGUUAACAAUGUUAAAUCCGAAGGCCUUUUUGACCAGUUUAGAAAAGAGUGCUUGGAGGAGUUUGAAAAUAUGGAAACAUAUCACCAGUUGAAGCAGAGAGUAGAAAAUCAUGUUACCUCCUUCUUAUCCAAACAUAAGUACCAUGAUGGCCUACAAAAGAACUUGUUAAGAAAUAACCUCAGAACUCACAUUAGCAAGUCCGAUAUUCUUCUCAAUAGUAUCCAGCAACUGGUUGAUGAAGUGUUGAGUUUGAAAGGCCACAGUUUUUGCCUAAAAAUUGAUAAGGAAGUUGAUAAAUAUUUGAAUAAAGAUGAAUCUAUUGUUAAAACUAGUCAAGAUUGUUCAUCUAAAACUGAAGAAAAGGAAGAAUGUACAGAAGAGGUUCCCAUCCAAGACGUGGGAGCCAGUAAAGAAAAAGGAAAUAGAGAUAUCAUGACGGAAGUCACUGAAAUUGAAGAAGUUGAAAUGGAAAUAAAUGAUAACCCAAGUAAUAUUGAGUCUGAAGAGCAUAAUCCUUCAAAUAGUAAUCCAGAAAUAUUUGAAGUAUCACUAGAAUCAAAAAAAGAUUCAAUGGCCGCUGAAAGUCAGAAGUUAGAUAAUCCUGAUAAAAAUAUCGAAAAUAAAGACGAAAAUAAAAAGACCCUUGAUGAAUUAAACGCAACUACAAAAAAUACUGAAGAAAAUUCCGACAUUACCCAUGUGAUUUCAGAGGAAGAACCAAGUCAUGACAUACAAGACGUUGAACAAAAAAUUGUUUGUGGUAUAACUAAGAGCAACAAAAGUACAGAUAUUGAUGAAAAUGUUGACGCGAAGAAUGGUGACGGUAGUGCCGUCGGCAAAGUUAUGGAUUGCGAAGAAAACGAAAAAGAUGAACUUGCUGAUAUGAACUUAACCAAACAAUUUAAAGAAAAUAAAGUUAUUGAAACAACAAAUGAAAUUAAUGAAUUUACAGGCCAUAUACCGCCUCUUAUAACUGAACCGAUAUCUGAUGACUCAGCAAGUAACCAUAGUUCAUUCACUGAAGAAACAAAAGCAUUAGGCGAAGUAGAGCAGAGAAGAAAGUCGAAUCGAGUACGCAGCCUACCCCUAAAACUUCGACAAAAUGAAAGUAAGACUGCGUCAGAUGAUAAUGAUUCAAUUUCUAGUAAUGACACGGAAGUAAAAACUACUAAUGAAAGCUCGUCAACACAACGCCAUGGAAGACAUAAACGCAAGCGUUCCCAACACCCAGAUGACAGCCGCGAUUCGUACGAUGCGCUUGAGAAACGAUCAUCUAGGGGGAAGCCACUUCCUGAUUCAGAUAAGCACAAGAAAGCAAAAAAGCGAGAUCGUUCUGUGGGAGAGAUUGAAGAGGCUUCGCGUAGUGGGGGCAGAAAAACUAAAAAAAAGGAUUUGUCAUCUGAUCAUCCAGAUUCCGUAAGCCAAAGGGAAGACAUAGUCGCGUCACCGGUUAAUACUCCUGAUGACAAUGCGAACAAAAGGACGAGAAGGCCAAUUAAACAACGGCGAUGUUACUCGCCUUCUUGAGUUUUACAUUCAUAUAAAGUUUGAAGAAACCGUCAAAGAUUAAGAACGUCUUGUUACACUUCUAGCUGAAUUGGAGCAGAUAUUUCGGCGGGAUUGAUUGAUUUAGUAUCGAAAGUUUUUGCGGUUUUAUAAAUAUAAAUCAUUUCCUGGAAUUUAUUUUCGGCUCGAUAACAAGUCAUUUUUAAAAGAAAGUAAAAAACAAGUUAAGCUUUUUUGUUCAGUCAACAAAAAUUUAUCGAUGCUUACCCGCAAUUAGUGAGGAGAUGAAGUAAUGGAAUAAAUUGUCACGAGAAUUAAAUUUCACUAAUUUUUGUGCUUUUCAAGAAAGCUUUAAUUACCACUCCCGUUAACGAAAAUGUGUCUUUGUUAAUUCUGUCAUUCCUCAUUCGUAUAAAUUAUUCGGAAAUUCAAUUUCUCAAGGCUUACUAAGAUAAUAAGUCCUUGUGUUUACGUAAAAUCACAAAGUUCACCUCCAACACUUUAUUUCUAUAUCUUAAUUACAGAAAUAAUUUUGAUAAAAUUAAGCCUUAUUUUCAUGUUAUAAUUUCUUAACUGUCCCCCCUCCCCGCCAAAGUCAAUGUUACUGAAGAACUUUUUGGGGGGAGGGGGCUUAAAAUGAAAUUCCCAAUAUAGUUUUUUUCAGGGUU